AUGGUCCACCCUCACCCGCCAAUCACCAUCCUCAACCUCGCCAAGAACGCAGCCGAACACUAUGGCGCAGAGGCAGUGACCCAGAAGCAGUACCUCAGGAAGACCAACCGCGGGAAAGUACAGAAGCUGUGCAGGGAACACUACCUCCGCAACGAUAUCCCGUGCGGCUCGAGCCACUGUGCAGACUGCCAACGGAUACUCUCGGCUAUCGAACUCGGCCAUGGACACCGCCACCCUCAAGACAGCGCUGGCCAGGCCGACCGGAUGGAGAUCGAGGAGACAGAGAGCACCAAGAAACGAAGGAAAGUACUCCUGCUGAGCCAGAGCGCACGGACCGGCCAUCGCAAAUUCACCAACAAACACUACCUCGUCCUCGACACCAACGUCGUCCUCAGGCAGAUCGACUUGCUCGAAGCCGCCAGCUUUGGCACCGACCUCAUCGUCCCCCAGACCGUCCUCGACGAGGUCCGGCACCGCUCCCUGCCGAUCUUCAACCGGCUCAAGAGCCUCAUCAACGAGACCGAUCCCACCGGCAGGUUCAUCCGGGGAUGGGUCUUUUGGAACGAGAGCCGAUUCGAUACCCACGUCCGACGCGAGCCGGAGGAGUCGAUCAACGACCGCAACGACCGUGCCAUCCGCGAGGUCUGCACCUGGUACAAGGCCCACCUCGCUGCCCACAAGAUCGAUGUUGUCCUGCUCACCGACGAUCGGGCCAAUUUCGACAAAGCCAAUCAGCAGCACAUCCUGGCCUCGACCACCAAGCAGUAUGUCGAGCAUAUGGCACAGGAAUCAGCCCAGCUCCUCCUCGAUCUGGUUGCUAGUACUGGCUCAGCAUUCGAAUCAGAUGACCCGAACAAUGCCCAGAAGGAGAAAACUAAAUCCAAUUUCUAUCAGGAGUAUCUCCCGUUAGGUCAACUACAGAGCGGAAUCCAAUCAGGUCAUCUUUUCCAGGGUACCUUCCGACCCAACCCGUACAACUACCUCGAAGGCUCAAUCUUCCACGAUGCUUUCGAUAAGCCGCUGCUCUUGAUCGGGCGAGAGUCGAUGAACCGAGCGAUCGAUGGCGAUGUGGUGGCAGUCGAGCUCCUGCCCCGAGAGGAAUGGAAAUCCUCAACUGACGAUGUCGUAGUCGAGCAGGAUGCGGCGGGUCCGGCAGAGGAUCCGGACCCAGAAUCGGCGGGCUCCUCGCUAGAAGAAGAAGCUGAACAGAAGGAAUCGAGGACGAUCUCCAAGACGGUCAAGAAGGCUGGCCCAGGGACCAACAGCCAGCCGACGGGCAGAGUGGUCGGGGUGAUCAAGCGGAACUGGAGGCCAUACGUCUGUCACAUCGACCGGGCCUCGAUCCCGAUCUCAGCCCUCCAAUCGAGUCUCUCGGCCCAUGCGGUCUUCGCCAUGCCCCUCUCCCGCUCGGUGCCCAAGAUCCGGAUCCGGACCAGACAGGCAUCCACCCUGGCCAACCAAAAAAUCCUCGUCUCCAUCGAUCGCUGGGAGCCUAGCUCGAGGUACCCCGAGGGCCACUUCGUCAGAGCCCUCGGCAUCGUCGAGUCCAAGGACACCGAACAGGAGAGUCUCUUGCUCGAGCAUGAUAUCCCAUAUCGCCCCUUUGGAAAGGCCAUCUUGGACUGUCUACCCGCCGCUGGCGACAAGUGGGUCGUACCUGAGAAAUCCUCCUCGAGUCCCUUGUGGAAUAAUCGCGAGGAUUUCAGGGAUCUGAUGGUCUGUAGUAUCGACCCGCCUGGCUGUCAAGAUAUUGAUGAUGCUUUGCACGCAAAGAGACUAGCCAAUGGUAACAUUGAAGUCGGCGUUCAUAUUGCCGACGUAUCUCAUUUCGUUUUGCCUGAUACGCCGAUGGAUGUUGAAGCAGCUUCAAGAGGUACGACAGUAUAUCUGGUCGACAAACGGAUCGACAUGCUUCCGUCGCUCUUAGGGACCAACCUGUGUUCAUUGAGGCCGGAUGUUGAGCGAUUAGCGUUUUCGGUGAUCUGGGAGCUGCGCGAGGAGGACAGCAAGAUCGAGGCGGUUCGGUUUACGAAGUCGGUGAUCAAAUCCAAGGCGGCGUUCACCUAUGAGGCCGCACAGAUCCGGAAGGAUGACAGCAGCUUGAAGGACGAGAUCUCGGAGUCGAUCCGGCUGCUCAAUAAGUUGGCCAUUCAGCUUAAGAAGGCCCGGAUGGACAACGGCGCACUCAACUUGGCCUCCCCGGAAAUCAAGAUCCACAUGAGCUCCUCAGAGUCCAGCGAUCCGGUUGAUGUCGAGCAGAAAGAAUCCAGGGAAACAAAUAGCUUGGUAGAGGAGUUUAUGCUGCUCGCCAACAUUAGCGUCGCCAGACGGAUCUAUGAAUCUUUCCCUCAGACCGCUGUCUUAAGACGUCACAACCCGCCGCCGAAGACUAACUUUGAAGUUCUACAAGACGUUCUACUCAAGCGACGUGGAUUGGAGCUCGACGUCUCAAGCUCAGCUAGCUUGGCGAGUUCAUUAGACAAAUGUAUUGAUCCAAAAAUUCCUGCCUUCAAUACGCUGGUUAGAAUUAUGGCUACCCGUUGUAUGUUACCUGCGGAGUACUUUGGCUCAGGCUCGGUCUCUAAAGAUACUUUCGGUCAUUACGGUCUGGCUAGUGAAAUUUACACUCACUUCACAAGUCCAAUCCGACGAUAUGCAGACGUGUUAGUUCAUCGACAGCUCCACGCAGCCAUCACUGAUGGCCCGCUACCAACAUCGAUGAACUCCAAGGCGUUUGUCGAGAAGAUCAUGACCAACAUCAACAAGCGGCACAACGCGGCCCAGAAAGCUGGGCGAGCAAGUGUUGAAUUCUACGUUGCCAUUGCUAUCAAAGCCAAACAGCAAACACUACAGCAAAAAUCGCCUUCUUCUAUCCCACGAUCAAUCCCUGGCACUGAGCCCUCUCCGGCAGCUUACGUCACUGCUGAGGCGUUCGUCAUUCGGACGUUCAGAAACGGACUGGCGGUAUUUGUCUCUGAGUAUGGCUUGGAAGGCUUGAUCAAGUUCAAGGAAGACCAAGAGUACGAUGGCGAGCGGUACGAGAUCGGCGUGAGUCGGCAGACCGGAUCAUCAUCUAAAUCGGCGUCCGUCCGCGAACAGACUGAUGGCGGUCUGGUGAAGAUUGGUAUCUUCGAUAAAGUCUCUGUCGGUAUCUCGACCGAACAGGAUCGCUCCACUCAGCGCGGGAGAGUCAAAAUGGUCCUCCUGAAACCAAUCAAUUCUUCUAAUCUUUAA